UAACUCACACACUGUUAUGGACUGGAAACAAUUCAAAGCGUAUGCUGAGGACCUCGGUUUACAACUUCUUGGCUAUCGCAACACGGGACACGCGAUUUUCGGAGACCUAACGUGCAAGCAUCACCAGUGUACUGACCACGGACGUGGCAAGAGCGUAUCCAGGCUGGACGUGGGGCUUUUUCUGACGGUGGCCGUCAGUGCUCGGUCAGAAGCUCCGUCAGGUGGUCCAGUCCCGCAUACCACCACUGCUCCGCCACCCAGCGCUUGAGCUCGUCCGGCAUUGCUGGGAUCCCCAAGCCGCCCCAGAAGUCCGCGACGUUGAGGCGAUAGCUGCCAUUGAGUGGGAAGUCGAAGGUGUCCAGGAAGCUGCGUUCCGCUGCCAGGACCUGGUCCGGAGUCCAGUCAUCCGGCAGGAGAAUGUACCGCAGCUCUGCCGCCUCGGCGUGCUGCAUCAGCCAUGCCCACCCAGGAGGCAGCGAAAUGGGCCGGGUGGGCAUGGCUGAUGCAGCACGCCGAGGCGGCAGAGCUGCGGUACAUUCUCCUGCCGGAUGACUGGACUCCGGACCAGGUCCUGGCAGCGGAACGCAGCUUCCUGGACACCUUCGACUUCCCACUCAAUGGCAGCUAUCGCCUCAACGUCGCGGACUUCUGGGGCGGCUUGGGGAUCCCAGCGAUGCCGGACGAGCUCAAGCGCUGGGUGGCGGAGCAGUGGUGGUAUGCGGGACUGGACCACCUGACGGAGCUUCUGACCGAGCACUGACGGCCACCGUCAGAAAAAGCCCCACGUCCAGCCUGGAUACGCUCUUGCCACCGUGGUCAGUACACUGGUAAUGCUUGCACGUUAGGUCUCCGAAAAUCCGACACGCGUGUCCCGUGUUGCGAUAGCCAAGAAGUUAAAAACCGAGG